AAUUGGACUGGUGAAGGCCUGUAAAAUACACUUACCUCCAGCUGCAUGUAUGCUUGGUUUUGUUGAUUUUAUCUGGUGGUUUGAAAACGUGAACAUUGGAUUUUUGGAGUAUUUGUGUUUUUUGUUGUUGUUGUUGUUGUCAUGGAUCAAAGGUGGACAAGGUUACCCUUGCCAGUAAUCUUCUUGUUGUUUUGGAGGAAUGCUGAUGGAUUUAAAGAUGGAACAUAUUCCGAUGCCCAUCAUGGGUGGGGUCUGCCUUCUGAUGCUUUCUCACCUCAUGGAGUCCAGUCUUCUGUGUCAGAGGUCCAUGUGACUGGGAUUUUGCCUGUUGAAGAAGUGGGCUCCAGUUUGUUCCCUAACAAACCCCUGAAAAGCAAGUCUAAGUUGAAUCUACUUCAGUUUGUCAAAGGUGGUUCCAGCAACUUUCAGUCAACAUCUCAUGCCCAAACUGCCUAUGAUGCAUUACGUCAGCCUCAGGAUACAGCAAGUCAGUCUGCCCUUAAGUCUCCAUCCUCCUAUGAAAGUGUAUCACUGUCCUCACCCCAAGCUGGUCCAUCUACUACUGUUCAAGGUUCUCGAAAGCAGCUUACCUCUACCUACACAGGCAGCUCUGGCACCCAGGCAGGAUCCUCAACUCCAUUUAUACUGCAGGGAAGCACUGCUUAUGUUGGAUCACCUCAGCCUCAAGAUACCGUUAGCCAGUUUGCCCCUGGGUCUCCAUCCUCGUAUCCAGGUUUAUCACUGUCCUCACCCCAAGCUGGUCCAUCUACUACUGUUCAGGGUUCUCGGAAGCAGCUUACCUCUAUCUACAGGGGCAGCUCUGGCACCCAGACAGGAUCAUCCAGCUUCAGUCUGCAGGAAAGCACUGCUUAUGGUGGAUCACAUCAGCCUCAAGAUACUGCAAGUCAGUCUGCCCCUGGGUCUCAGUCCUAUGCAAGUGUAUCACUGUCCUCACCCCAAGCUGGUCCAUCUACUACUCGGGGUUUGCAGAAGCAGUUUACCUCUGCCUACCAGGGCAGCUCAGGGGCUCCGUUUGGGGCCUCUACAGAUUUUGCCUCAAAAGGUAUGAGCCACUCUUACAGUGGUUCUGUACAGUCUAAAGGUACCACAAGUCAGUUUUCUCCUGUGUCUUCCCCAUAUGCAAGUAUUUCACUCUCCUCACCCCAAGCUGGUCCAUCAACUACUGUUCAGGGUUCUCGGAAGCAGCUUACCUCUACCUACACGGGCAGCUCUGGCACCCAGGCAGGAUCCUCAACUCCUUUUAUCCUGCAUGGAAGCACUGCUUAUGGUGCAUCACGUCAGCCUCAAGAUACAGCAAGUCAGUCUGCCCCAAAGUCUCCAUCCUCCUAUGCAAGUGUAUCACUGUCCUCACCCCAAGCUGGUCCAUCUACUACUGUUCAGGGUUCUCGGAAGCAACUUGCCUCUACCUAUAUGGGCAGCUCUGGCACCCAGACAGGAUCAUCCAGCUUCAGUCUGCAGGAAAGCACUGAUUAUGGUGCAUCACCUCAGCCUCAAGAUACCGUUAGCCAGUUUGCCCCUGGGUCACCAUCCUCAUAUCCAGGUUUUUCGCUGUCCUCACCACAAGCUGGUCCAUCUAUUGAUCCAGGUUCUGUGAAGCAGUUUAGCUUUACCUUAAUGGGCAACCCAGACACAAAGGCAGGGUCCUCAACUCCUUUUACCCUGCAGGGAAGCACUGGUUAUGGUGGAUCACCUCAGCCUCAAGAUACCGCUAGCCAGUUUGCCCCUGGGUCUCCAUCCUCGUAUCCAGGUUUAUCGCUGUCCUCACCCCAAGCUGGUCCAUCUAUUGAUCCAGGUUCUGUGAAGCAGUUUACCUUUACCUUAAUGGGCAGCCCAGACACACAGGCAGGGUCCUCAACUCCUUUUAUCCUGCAGGGAAGCACUGGUUAUGGUGGAUCACCUCAGCCUCAAGAUACCACUAGCCAGUUUGCCCCUGAGUCUCCAUCCUCAUAUCCAGGUUUAUCAUUGUCCUCACCCCAAGCUGGUCCAUCUACUGUUCUGGGAUCUCGGAAGCAACUUGCCUCUACCUAUAUGGGCAGCUCUGGCACCCAGGCAGGAUCACCCAGCUUCAGUCUGCAGGGAAGCACUGAUUAUGGUGCAUCACCUCAGCCUCAAGAUACCGUUAGCCAGUUUGCCCCUGGGUCUCCAUCCUCGUAUCCAGGUUUAUCACUGUCCUCACCCCAAGCUGGUCCAUCUACUGUUCUGGGUUCUCUGAAGCAGCUUUCCUUUACCUUCACGAGAAACCCUGGCACCCAGGCAGGGUUCUUUACUCCCUUCACCCUGCAAGGAAGUAUCACUUAUGAUGGAUCACUGCUGCCUCAAGGUAGUGCAAGUCAAUUUGCCCCUGUUUCUCCCUCAUAUCCAAGUGUAUUAACCCCAUCCCAAGGUGUUGACAGUCAGUCUACUAUUCCGGACUCUCUAAAGAAGCUUACCUCUACCUUCGCAGGCAACUCUGGCACCCAGGCAGGGUCCUCUACCCCUUUUGCUCUGCAGGGUGGCACCACUUAUGGUGGUUCAUCUCAACCUCAAGAUACCACAAGUUGGUCUGCUCCUGGACCUCAUUCCUCCUAUGCAAGUGCAUCACUGUCCUCACCCCAAGCUGGUCCAUCUACUAAUGUGCAGGGUUCUCUGAAGCGGCUGGCUUCUACCUUCGUAGGCAGCUAUGGCACCCAGGCAGGGUCCUCUACUGCUAUCCUGCAGGGAACCACUGCUUAUGGUGGAUCAUCUCAACCUCAAGAUUCCACAAGUUGGUCUGCCCCUGGACCUCAUUCCUCCUAUGCAAGUGCAUCACUGUCCUCACCCCAAGCUGGUCCAUCUACUGUUCAGGCUUCUCAGAAGCAGUUUACAUCUGCCUACCAGGGCAGCUCUGGGGCUCAGUCUGGGGCCUCUACUGGUUUUGCCUCACAGGGAAUGAGCAGCUCUUCCAGUGGUUCUGUCCAGUCUCAAGGUACCACAAGUCAGUUUGCCCCUGGGUCUCCAUCCUCCUAUCUGGGUUUAUCAUUGUCCUCACCCCAAGCUGGUCCAUCUACUAAUGUUCAGGGUUCUCUGAAGCGGCUGGCUUCUACCUUUGUAGGCAGCUCUGGCACCCAGGCAGGGUCCUCUACUGCUAUCCUACAGGGAAGCACUGCUUAUGGUGGAUCAUCUCAACCUCAAGAUGCCACAAGUCGGUCUGCCCCUGGACCUCAUUCCUCCUAUGCAAGUGUAUCACUGUCCUCACCCCAAGCUGUUGCUGGUCCUGGUACUGCUCAGAGUUCACAGAAGCAGUUUAUUUCUACCUCCACAGGCAGCUCUGGUAAACUGCUAUGAUGCAAAUGUCUUUCAGAAUUGAAACUCCAAUAAAGGUUGGAAGCUAA